GUCGUUUUUUUGGUGUUUGUAUUGCAUCUUCUAGAAAGCGAGUUGCAGAGGCGUACUAGUAAAUUGUUUGUUCAUCAAUGGCAGCACGAGGUGGAGCAGAAGGUGCAAGAAGAGGUGGUGGAAAGCCACUUCCUCCCUCAGCAAGAGGUCCCCCUAUUCACAAUAAACCCGGACCCCGGUUUGAACCGGUCGAUCGUGAAAAGACUUGUCCAUUGCUACUUCGAGUUUUUACCAAGGUUGGUGGUCAUCAUAGCCAGGCAGACUUUGCAGUGAGAGGCAAGGAGCCUAAAGAUGAAGUUCAAAUAUACACUUGGAUGGAUGCUACACUUCGUGAGCUAACCGAUUUGGUAAAGGAGGUAGCACCCGAAGCUAGAAGAAGAGAUGCUUUGUUGUCAUUUGCUUUCGUAUACCCUACAAAAACCAGUCAUUUUACUGUCAAAGAGGUCGGGAAAACCUUCUCAUAUCCUAAUGCAAGACGGCCAGACGACGGCAGCAAGGCUCUUGGCACCCUUAGCUUUGAGAUCGGAGAUUACCUGGAUGUGGCAAUUCUAUAGACUUCUGUAUCAUCUUUAUAUUCCAGUAGUUCUAUGUUCCAAUUUCGGUCUUAUUAAACCGUUAUGUCCGUAUUGUUUGUUUGUGUGUGCAUCUGGGUUUGUGCAUCAACUCACAAUCAGAUAAUCGUAGAUUUUUGUUGCAGUUAACAAAAUCUAAAUUCGAGCGGGGAUAUUCACGCCUCUGCAUUGACAAAAUUGAAUCAAACCAAAGAUAUUUACUCCGCUGAUUUGGAUGGUCAGCUUUUUAUUU